AUGGACUCCAGUCAGCAACCCACCGAACCAGUUUCCUUCAUUUCCAUUGGGGCCCCAGAGCAGGCCGCCGCCACCAUGGAGCCGAGACGAGCAAUCCAGGUAUCCACCCCUGACUUGUUCCACGGAGAUCGUAGCAAGCAUCGAGCUUUUGUCGCACAAGCUGAUCUCUACUACGCUUUCAAUGGACACCUUUUCUUGACACAAAUGCAAAGGAUCUUGUGGUUAAUCUCGUUCUUCCGAGGAACUGCGUUCAAUUGGAUCGAACCCUUCUUCAAUGACCUUAUGACCAAGACAACCGACGGACAACUCAAUGAGAACAUGAAACCUGAGACACGCCGCCUCUUCAAUACUUAUGAGUCAUUCCGACAAGGAUUCGACAGGGCUUUCGGGGAAGUUGACCCCGAUCACAUGGCUGAGAGAGCAUUACGACAACUUAAGCAGACAGGGUCAGUUACAGCCUACACUGCUAAAUUCCAACAAUACGCCGGGCGUAUUACAUGGGAUGAUGACUACCUUAGAUCCCAGUUCUAUGAGGGACUCAAGGAUAUCAUCAAGGACGAGCUAGCCAGAGCUCCAAAACCAUCAAACCUUUCCGAAUUAAUCGAGACCUCCAUUCUAAUUGACAAUCGCUUUUAUGAACGACGAAUGGAGAAAAAGGGAAUCACUCAAGAGAGUAGAAAGUUUCCAAAACAUCAGCGCCAGAACAGACACGAUGAUGCCGGCGAUCCAAUGGAAUUGGACGGAGCUGAACGCCACCAAAAACCAAAUGGACUUAGCGUUGAAGAGAAAAAGAGACGCAGGGAAAACAACCUAUGCUUCACCUGUGGGAAAAGCGGACAUAUGUCUAGGGAUUGUUCCCAGAAAAAGCCUUUCGCCGCGAAGGGCAAGAAACAAGUAAGAUUUGGAACCAAGAAACUGGGAUCCCGAGAAGCGGGUGCCCUAGAGGGUAGCUUCCGAGAGAUUGGACAAUUAAUCAUAGAAGUCAACCUGGAGAACCAGGAAGUCAAGGCCCUGAUCGAUUCAGGAGCUAUGGGAAUAUUUAUGGAUCCCGACUUUGCCAAAGAAAAUGGGAUUCCCACCGAGCCAAAGGAGCACCCCUACCAGCUAACGCUGUUGGGAGGCAAGAAGGUCGGAGUAGAUGGCUGGACUUCUGGGGAGGCCGGAUACCGUGCUAUGGCAGCCACGGAUCCUCCACUGGUCGGCGAGACCGAUGCAAAAGAGAUUCCAGUGCAGUACAGAAAGUUCGCCAAGCUGUUCGAAGACCCGCAGGAUUUGAGAGCCCUGCCAGAACAUAAACCUUGGGAUCAUGAGAUCAACUUCAAAGAGGGAUUCGUACCCCCGGCUGAGAAGUUGAGACCACAUAACCCCAGUACUCUGAGAGUAUGGGAAGAAUACAGAUCUAAAGCUGAGAAGAAAGGAUGGAUUAGGAAAUCCAAGUCCCCUUGCGCAGCCAACGUAUUAUUAGCAUUCAAAAAGGGAGAUCCGAAUGGUCGACCUUGCGGAGACUACCGCCGAGUGAACGAUGAGACCAUCAGGGAUGUGUACCCAAUACCCAAAGCUCAAGAGUUAAGGGAUAGAUUGAGCAAGGCAGUGAUUUACACUAAAUUGGACCAGAGAAAUGCUUUCAAUUUGAUACGAAUCAAGGAAGGGCAUGAAUGGAAGACCGCCUUCAUACUACCUUCCGGGCUAUGGGAAUACACUGUCAUGCCGUUCGGACUAACAAAUGCACCUGCCACAUGCCAACGACAGAACAACGAAAUACUCAAAGAAUUUAGCUCAUUCGUGAUCUGUUACUUGGAUGAUAUCCUAGUCUUCUCCCAGAAGGUAGAGGAGCAUGAAGGGCAUGUCAUCAAGGUACUCGAGGCAUUUAGGAAGGUCGAUUCACGACUCAAGUUAUCGAAAUGCGAGUUUAGUGUCAAAAAGGUAACCUUCCUGGGAUAUGUCGUAGAACCAGGACAAAUGAGCAUAGAUCCGGAGAAAACUGAGAAAAAAGGUAUGGGAUUCGCCUGGAAUGAGAGGGCAGAGCAAGCCUUUCAAGAAAUCAAGGAUAGAUUCACCAGGGAACCCAUACUUUACAACUAUCAUGACGAUCGGGAGAGCAUCAUCGAGACGGAUGCUUCCGAUACCUGUGUAGCAGGAAGGAUGUACCUCCAAGGGGCUAAAUUCCCAGUAAUCAUCCAUACUGAUCACAUGAACCUACGAACCUUUACUACCACUAAGGUCCUGGAUAAUCGUAGACUAGCUCGAUGGGCUGAGGAAUUGGCCAGUUUUGAUUUGAUAAUCAAGCAUGUCAAAGGCAAGGAUAAUGCAAGAGCAGACGCGCUGAGUAGGCCACCAGGUUACGAGGAUGAUAAGACCUACCAGGAGACAGCAAUCCUGAAAUCAUUACUAAAUGGGGAUCUCGUUCCGAACCUAACGGAAAUCGCUGUUUUAGAAAAUAAACCAACGGAAGUCUGGAAAAACAAACUCACAGAGGCACAACAAAACAAGGAAGGUGUCAAAUGGCCUGAGCCGCCAGUGACCGUUGACGGAUUGAUACGAGUAGUAGGGAAAAUAUGGCUACCAAGUAGCAUUGCUCCCGAAUUCAUCGAGGAGCAGCAUGCGUUGCCAGCUCAUGGACAUCAAGGAGUACGAAGGACGCACUUAAGAAUUAAAAGACAGUAUUGGAGUCCGGGACUCCGAACCAUGGUCAAUAAAGUGGUCACCGAGUGUGAUACCUGUAUUAGGAACAAGGCUUCCCGCUAUGCCCCCUACGGACAGAUGCACACAACCGAAAUACCACCAUCACCAUGGAAGUCAAUAUCAUGGGAUUUCAUAGGACCAUUACCUAAAUCCAAGGAUCCAACGACAGGAGUAGAAUACGACUACCUCCUAGUUAUCAUGGACCGAUUAACCAAAUACAUGAUAUUAGUACCAUGCAAAACCACUUUAACUGCAGAAACCCUAGCAGCUAUAUUCCUUAAAGAGAUCAUUGCAGUACAUGGAUUACCAGAGGAGAUACUCUCGGAUAGGGAUAAACUCUUCACAUCAAAAUUCUGGACCGCCUUAGUAGCACUACUAGGCGUAAAAAGGAAAAUGUCUACAGUAUUCCACCCACAAACGAAUGGAGGGAAUGAAAGAGUAAACCAGGUUGUUGAAGCUUACCUUCGCUGCUAUAUGAAUUACCAAUAG